GAUGGGUAGAGUCAUAGCUACUACGAUUGUGCUACAUCGAGUGCAGUUUGCACGCGACUUACUAGCCAAUCAGCCUUCGCUCUGCAUCCGGUCGCCAUUAUGGACAGUCAGAGUGGCAUUGUUGCAAGUAAAACGGCGACUUGCGAAGGCAAUCGGACUGCAAGGUCUCUGAGAUUCACUCUCGAACUGACGACAUCUACAGAUGGAGACUUUCCUGAGUUCUCCUACACUCAAUUAGUACAGAAGACGGAAGAGCCCCAUAACACUGCCGCAACAACAGUAGCCACUGCGUUCAACGACGAGGACCCGAACGUCGAGCUGCAGGAGGUGGAGAAAAUAGCGCGCGACCUUGAAAACAAAUAUGGCCGACGUAGAAUGGCGGGCAAACGAGCCGUUCACGAAGAAGACUACGUGGAUGUGGCAUGUGGCUAUGAUGAAACAGAUCCGUUUGUUGAUAAUUCUGAAGCGCACGACGAUUUUCUUCCUCACGAUUUUGAACCACAGUACGGCGGCUUCUACGUGAACAGCGGAGAGCUGCUGUUCAAAGAGGCAAGUGAAUGUACAGAGACGGAUAGUCUUCAUUCAGAUGGAGAUUUUAAAACGAGUAAAACCAACAACAGCAAAUUGUUCAAACUGAAGCCUCCAAAGACAAGAAAGACGAAAGAUGGAAAAUUCGAACCAAGAAAACGGAAAGUACAGAAAGAUGAUAAAAGUGGCAAUAUCAAACAGAGCAUCGCAAAACACUCUAAAGCUAAUGAAAAGAGCAAAGAGAAGAAGAGCCAGGAGACCCUAGCGAAUGUUGCCGUGAGCCCAGUGACUGAAACGAGUAGUCACACAAGUCACGUGACAGACUUGGGAGAAUCUGAAUCAAAAGUCAAGCCCGUUCCACAGCUGCCUGCUGAUCUGCCUGCAGAUUUGAAGAACAUGAUUCUGUUGUGGAAGGCAGCCGUUGAGAAUGAGAACGCAACGACAAAGCCAGCAAAGACAUUGCAGACUGUACACAACCAGAAGCUAUUGGACGUGGGUCGACGAAUCAUGGUGUUGAAACCAAAGAAAUACCACAUAAUUGUAUACGAAUACCUAGCAUCAUUUCUUCCAGCAACGAAGGAGACCUUGCAGCGGAGACUAAAAGCAAUGCUUAAGAAUGAGCAUGAUGAACUAAUGAAAGAACCGUUGGACAAGCUGAGGAAAGCAGUCAAUGAUGAAAUGAGUGAGCAAAUUAACCAGUACACGGUAAAGAGAACAUCAAUGUCAUCUGAUGGUGUUCUGAUCAUUGAUGAUGAUAAUUCAGAAGAAGAAAGUGGAUCUGACAAGGUCAAGAGUGUAGGACCGUUGAAGAAGUUUAUCUGGACUGAAACAGUGAGGGGCUUAGCAUGUGACGUUGUGAGAGCAAAGGUUCGAGCUCUGAGAGAGAUCAAUCGCAAGUUGAUUGAUCCACAAUCACAGAUGAAGACUUUCCUAAGAGAUGAAGUGAAGACAUUGUGGCCUCAAGGAUGGAUGAAUAGCAGAGUGCUGUAUUUGGAAACGAAAUCUGCGCACGAAUCUCUCACUCAGAUUCGACCUAAGAAGACUCAACUACAAUCUGGUCUUGUGAAGAAGAAUGUGGGCAGUGAAAGUGCAUUGAGUCUGUCAUCAAUAUCCAACGUUUUGCCUUCGUCCCAGGCAGUAAAACCUACUCUUUCUGUCGGAGCCAUUCCUCUGCAACAGUCAGUCUCUCUAUCCGAGAUGCCUGCAACAGUACCCCAGAUCCUUCCUGUUAUAUCACCAGUCACUCAGUUUUCUUCCGGUUUGCAGGCUUCCACUGCUGCCGCAGCCACUCAUUCUGCUGUUCUCACUCAACAUUCCUACUCUCAACCUGCAUCGGCUGCUCGUCCCGCUCUUUCGCUGCAGAUUAGAAACACUCGUCCGGUGCAUUCGCUGCAAACAAUUGCUACACCUGCUCAGCUAUCGCAGUUGCUGUCGAUGGUUAAUCAGGGACAUUUGCGAGGACAAGUUCAAAUCAUCCAAGCUCCGGCAGUAACGCAUCUUACUUCGCCAACGUCGGGCCUUCGUUUACCUAACACUAAGAAUGAUAAAACGUAGAGUUUUUUUGAUUUGUAGAAUGUUUGCAGCACAUAUAGAGUAAACCUAGAUAGAAGUAUGACGUAUGAGGAACGCAUGCACAUUUGUUGUACAGAUGGAGCACUUUACGUAAGUCAUAGAAUGCAUGAAAAUGUCAUGUCAUUCCG